AACGGCGGCGCUACUGCACAGUCGGAAUUGUCCCUGUUAUUUACUGGAAAUUCCUGACGACGACGACGACGACGACGACGACGACAAUCGUCUGCCCGCUGGGUCACUUCCUGCAAGCAUGCCAAAAUACCAACUCCCUAUCGUCAUUGUCCUCGCAGUCUGUGCCGCCUUCAGUGCAUUGUUCCUCUGGAUACGGCGGUCAAAGGAAGGAAAAAUCAAGCUUCCCGUGUACGUUGACGGCGAGGGUGGUGGAAUUUAUGAGCGUGAUCCGUUCGAGGUGACCACGCCUGCAGACGUCAAGGAUGGUGAACCAAUUGACGAAGAGUCCUUCUGGGCACAAACACGCUUCCGGAAGAUGCUGCUGUCUCUAUUUCUCAUUAUCACACUUGCUUUGGAGACCAUCGCCUUGGGUUGGUCAAUUGCGCUUGAUGCGCGUCAGGACAUCGCAAUCCUUGUGCUCCACGUUCUGGUUGCCAUCUACAUCACCUCGGUCUCGGUCCGUGCAUUAUACCACGACUCGCCACACUUCCAUUCCGACUACAUGAUCCACCUUUCGGGAUUAACAUUCAUGGCCUUCGCUCCGCUAGCCAUAUCUGCUCUGGUCCCGAACGAACCUAUUUCUAUAUCCGCCGAACUGGAAGAUAUGACGGUCAAGGGGCUAUACUAUGCUGUCAUCGUUUUCUACGGUGUAUCUUGUGCGCUGGCCAUCACGACGCCAUUGGGGCCUGCUCUUCACUAUCCGAAGGAACUCAUCUACUCUGAGAAGACUGUCGCGUCAAUCACGAACCAGUCUUAUGACAAUGUCUGUGGAGUUACAGGUGCCUCAGUGUGGGAUUAUCUCCUGUUCUCCUACACCACCAAGGUAGUGAUGCUCGGCAACACCGCCGCCUCCCUUGACAUAGGUGACCUUCCUAUUGUCCCAGGUAACAUGCGCGCCACAUCCAUCUUCGCUGCCAUGCGCUCCACUAUCCGAACCGUCAAACUGCGCGGCUUUCUCGGUUGGACUCCCCGCGUUGGACAGGGAUGGGAAUUGGCAUGGAGGGUGCUGCACGUCAAUCGACACGCUCUGACGGUUCAGGUCGCGCUUGCGGCUGUGACCGCAAUGCUCUUCUACGCUCCGGCUUAUUUCUUGAGGAAGGUAGUAUUGUAUCUGGAAAACGACCCGCAAAGGAAGAAUACGUCCUGGGGGUGGUUCUAUUCUAUUGGCCUGUUUGUGGCAACCGCGAUUGUUCACAUUCUUUCCGGUCAGCUUUGGUCCCUCUCGACCACGACCCUUCAAGUUCGUAUCCGGGUUCAACUCAACACCAUUCUCUUCGCCAAGACACUAGUUCGGAAGGACGUCGCGUCUUCAUCCGCCUCGGGCGAGUCCUCCGCAGAUACCAAAAACUCUACGCCAGCGCCACACCACCAACAAGCCACUUCCACUGACUCAGGCGUGUCGGGUGUAGAGGAGGGAAAGAAAGAGAAAGAUGACGAGGCAGAUUUCUCGAGUAAGGCGCAGAUCAUGACGCUCAUGACGACAGACGUAGAUCGGGUUAGCGAGUUCUCGUGGCACUUCUUCACGCUCAUCGAUUCCCCCAUUGAAAUCGCUAUUGGGACGAUAUUCUUGUAUCAACUACUUGGUGUCUCGGCAUUCAUUGGGCUCGCGAUGACUUGCUUGUUCUUGCCGCUGAAUCACCUAGCGGGAAAAAUUGUCGUUGGAGCGCAGGAUAAUCUGAUGAAGGCGAGGGACGAGAGGGUCAGCUUAAUGAAUGAGAUUCUGGGAGCCAUCCGGAUGUUGAAGUUUAUGGCAUGGGAGCGGAGUUUCGAACAGCGCGUGCUCAAAAUCCGAGAGAAGGAGCUCAAGUACCAAAAGCUGAACUUCACUAUCGAGACGUUGUGGAAUACGAUUUGGACUGCGUCGCCUUUGGUCGUAACGCUCGUCGCGUUCUUCCAUUUCGCUGUGAUGAGGCAACAGAACCUUACACCCUCGAUCGCGUUUACUUCUAUCGCUGUCUUCUCCGAAAUGAAAUUCGCGCUCAACGCCCUUCCCGAAACCCUUAUUAAUAUGCUUCAAUCUCUUGUCUCCCUCCGCCGCAUCGAGAAGUAUCUCCAUGGCGUCGAGGUAGCACCCGUCCCACCCCUCGGCACCGAUUUGCCUCCCAUUGCCUUCCAAGGUGCCACUAUCACUUGGCCACAAGACCGUACCCGAGGUCUCAACAGCGGUAGCACAACUCGAGGCGGGUCCCGGCCAGGAAGUGUAGCAGGCUCCUUGUCUGCAACUCCGAAGAACAAGUUCGUACUGAUGGAUUUGAAUUUGGUGUUUCCGAAGGGACAGUUGUCGUUGGUCUGCGGGAAGUUGGGGAGUGGUAAAACGUUGCUUUUGCUUGCGUUACUGGGUGAGGCAGAUUUCUUGACCGGACAGGUAUUGUGUCCGAGGACCCCGCCGGAUGCGAUUGCGAAGUUUGCGGGUCAGAUGCCGAGAGACGAUGAGGAGUGGGUUGUUGAGGGUGUCUGUGCUUAUGUGCCGCAGAGUGCUUGGUUGAGAAAUGCGUCGAUAAAGGAAAAUAUCCUAUUCAACUUACCUUACGACGAGGAGAGAUACGAAAAGACGCUCGAAGUUUGUGCGUUGACGAAUGACCUGAAGAUUUUGGAGGAUGGUGACGAGGCAGAGAUCGGUGAACGUGGUGUAAACUUGUCAGGUGGCCAGAAAGCGCGAGUCUCCUUGGCUCGUGCAGUGUAUUCUCGUGCCUCCAUCUUACUGCUAGACGAUGUUCUUUCGGCCGUCGAUGCCCACACCGCCCAGCACCUCUACCAAGAAUGCUUAAAGGGAGAACUCAUGCGUGGCCGUACCGUUAUCCUCGUCUCUCACCAUGUCAUGCUAGUCGAGCCGGGUGCAGACUUCAUUGUGGCAUUGGACAACGGCCGAGUGCUAUAUUCGGGUGACCGAGACGGUUUCCGCACCUCAGGCGUCGUCUCGACGCUUCUUCAGUCUGAUGCUGGAGACGCUGCUGAUGAGAAAAAGGAGGAUCCUCACACGAUCGAAGAAGACAUGCCCCCAGAAGAGACCGAGAAAGAGAAAGAAUCGUAUUCAGCUGAAUCGACUGAAGGAUCUGGGUCUGGUGAGGGCGAGAUUGCAAGCACGGUUCCUGCUUCCGAGAUAGAGUCCACAGCGGUUGGGACGGAAGGAGGAGCCGUGGUGGCAAAGAUCGAGAAGAAGAAGGCGAGGAAACUGGUGGAAGACGAGACGAGGGCGGUGGGCAGGGUUAGUAAAGAUGUGUGGCUGACGUAUGUGAAUGCCUGUGGGACACAUUGGUAUUGGAUUAUGUUCGUACUCGCGAUGGUUGUAAGUGCGUUGAGCCCUGUCGCGGAAAACGGUUGGUUGAGGAUAUGGUCCGGAUCAGCGGAUGAGAAUGGACAUACGCCUAGGACCCCCAUGUUUUACAUCUGUGUUUAUGCUGCUAUCACAGCUGUUGGUCUUGUCGUCACGACACUCCGCUGGUUCGUGCUGUACAACGGGUCCAUCCACGCAUCAAGGGUUCUAUACAAACGACUCCUGGAGACCGUCUUGUUUGCCAAUAUCCGCUUCCAUGAUACGCAGUCAAGGGGCCGUGUUCUGAACAGGUUUGGGAAGGACUUCGAGGGUAUCGACAGUAAUCUGUCAGAUAACUUCGGGCGCAGCGUCAUUUAUGGGCUGUCUGCGUUUACGACACUGUUGACCAUAAGUGUCGUCGGCGGAUUACCUUUCCUUAUCGGUGCUGUCGUGUUGGGGUCGGUCUACUGGAAUGCCGCGAAGGUGUAUGGACAAACGUCUCGAGACAUGAGAAGAUUAGAUUCUGUUACUAGAUCACCAUUGUACUCCAUGUAUGGCGAAACCAUCGCCGGUGUAACCAUUCUUCGGGCCUUCGGUGCUUCGUCCAAGUUCUUGCGUGACAUGCUUCGAUGUGUCGAUACGAACACAAAUCCUUAUUACUGGAUGUGGGGUGUGAAUCGCUGGCUCUCUGUCCGAUUCAACCUCCUAUCGGCAGCGAUUUUGGGUCUUACAGGCAUUGUUGCAAUCAUGACCCCGAGAAUAGACGCCUCACUGGCUGGCUUCGCUCUUGCGUUUGCUUCGACGGUAACAAAUGAUGUUCGAAGAUUCGUGAGCUUGGAGCAGUCCAUGGUCGCGUUGGAACGAAUCAAAGAGUAUUCUGAGCUCCCGCUCGAACCUCCUGAGUUCAUCGAGCCCCGUCCGGCGCCCUCUUGGCCCGAAAAGGGAGCGAUCAAGUGCAAAGAUCUUGUCAUCCGAUAUGCUCCUGAGCUGCCUAAUGUCCUUCACCACCUCAACUUCUCCAUCAAACCCGGUGAGAAGGUUGGCAUUCUAGGCAGAACAGGCUCAGGGAAGAGUACUCUAGCGUUGUCGUUUUUCCGCUUCGUCGAGGCGACCGAAGGAAGUAUUCUGGUGGACGGAGUAGACAUCUCUGGAGUUGGAUUAACAGACCUGCGGAGUCGUCUCACUAUCAUCCCCCAGGAUCCGACUAUCCUGAGUGGCACUGUUCGAUCAACCUUGGACGUAUUCGAUGAGUACGAGGACGCACAGAUUUUCGAUGCUCUGCGCCGCGUGCAUCUUCUUCCAUCCGGCGAAGCGACAGGAGAAGAAGACGUAGACAUCAACGUCAAUGUAUUCCGAGACUUGGACUCGCCAGUAUCCGAAGCGGGCGAAAAUUUCUCUACUGGAGAGAAACAACUUCUCUGCAUGGCUAGAGCUCUCCUUAAACGAACAAAAGUACUCGUUAUGGAUGAGGCUACGGCGAGUGUUGAUUAUGCUACCGAUGAGUUGAUCAGCCGGACAAUACGACAAGAAUUUGCAGACAGCACAAUUCUGACCAUCGCACAUCGUCUUCGGACUGUUAUUGACUACAACCGAGUGAUGCUAUUGGAUCAAGGGCAAAUCGUGGAGUUCGACAGUCCCACCACCCUGCUGUCAGAUUCCACCUCAAGGUUCCAUGCUUUAUGCAAGGCGACUGGAAAGAACGAGUUUUCGGUUCUCAAAAAGAUGGCGGGUGUACAGUAGACGUCGCCAGCAGGGUCUUUACAACGGUAUGAUUGCUAGCUGUCAAUCUCGAUGAUGCAAAGCUUUAUAAAAAUUUAUCAUUAC